AUAAGGUAGAAAAAUGCGAAAAAGUGUCAUCUUGUGAAAAAUUGCAAACGUUUCGGGCAUGGGCUCGCAGACCGGAAAAGCACGGAAUUGAAAUCGAGCCUAUUUUGGGCAUAGCCCUUCUUCAGUGUGAGAACCGUUAAAAAUUAUUAGAAAUCGAUGAUGUUCGCUCUAGAACUGAACUAAUCUUGAAAAUAAGAAAUACCAAAAAAUUCUAAUAAUUGGAGGCCUUCUCUUAAAAUAUUAAUUUAUUAUAUUUAGAUAUUGAGACACCAAUUUUACCCAUGUGAAAAGCCUAAGCAGCUUUACACGCGUUUUUUUAAAAUCUAAAAUCGCCUGACGAAACCACCCACGCAACGCGCGCGAGAGCAUUAUCCGAGGAGGAACUGGAUAUCAUAUUUGUCAGCUGUCAGUCAAGAGGCUGUUAACUAAUAACAGCAAACCUUAAAUGUUCCCUCUUGACCCCUUCUACAUAUAACUAAAUAUAAAACAUUUAUUUUCUUAAAUUUCUGUCUUAUUAUUAUUAUUGUUUUUUCGUCAUAUAUCACAUAACGAGGAUCUUACUAAGUGAAUAUACAACUGUUUUCUUGGCCUGACUGAUCCUAUUUACCUAAAAACAUUCAGACGUAUAAUACAUAGCAAAGUCCAGUAUUCCACUUAACUUUUCUAUUUUCAAGCUAGCCUGCGAAAAGCCCUCUCCCGCCCCGAUCGCUUCGCUUUCAAAAUUCUUCAGCUCCGCGCUCGCCGAAUUUGUUUUCCAUCCUCGCCGGGAGCUUGUUUGCAGGCUACUUUCGGGCAACCAAACCUGCAGGGGACUCCCGAAUAAAAAGGACUGGGCCCGGGGGUGCCCGUCGUACCUUUAAGGGGUUGAAAGGGUCUUAAAAACUCGGUUUUGGUGCCUUUUAGGGCGUUCAGUCAACCUCAAAAGGUCCACAGCGGGAGCAUUUACGGUACCUUUUAGGGUAUUGAACCGAGGAAAAUAUGAAUGACGACAAUGUGUUGUUCAGAAUCUUAGGGGUGAAAAACACUUCAAGCCAGGCCCAAGAAAUAGGUUCUUGGUACCACUGUUAGCGGUCCUUGUCAAAAUUCCCGACCACCACCCGGUCCUUUUUAUAUGGGUGUUACCCCCACCCCUUCUCGGGCAACUGUAAUCACUCAGUGAAGAGCCGCGUCUGGUGUGUUUUUCUAACACUCUAUCUAAGUUACCGAAGAUUUCCAAUCGCGUGGGCUUUAUUUAGAUUUCAAAUCGCGUGAGAUUUAUCUACAUUUCAUAAUGUAAAUAAAUCUGUGUUGUGUAUUACUACCUAAUUUUUCGAGCUCUGGUUUGACCUGGGCGGACUUUUGAAAUUUGGUUGGAGGGAUUACGAGGUGAAAUAUAUUACGUGACCUCUGAGUCGCUUGGCGAAUUUGCAUUAAUAUUCACUCGCGUGUGUGACUCAAAGGUUUGUUUGCGACAGGUCAUAUCCUACUGAUCCGGCUUAGUGGGUCACAAAAGAUCUCCACUUCGAUUCGACGUUCACUCUUCUGAGCUCUUCAGUCGUCCGCCAUAUUUAAACUCAUCGAGACCCCCUGAUCUCUAUAUUUUUCUCACACUAAGAAAGCGAAACGGACAAGAAUGGCGCUUACCGUAUCUCGCAGCUUCGUCACUCGCUCCUGCGUCAGUCGCUUGGUGUUCGCUUGUAAUUCGUCUCAGGGUCUUAACCAGCCCCCAAGAAGUAGAUUGCUUGUUGAGUCUAUUAAGCCGAACGCAACCUUCGCUGCCAAAGAACAGUUCAAAAUCCGUAAGAUAAAGACAGAAGAGGAGUUUGAAAGCGUCAUAAUAAGUUGGAUGGUGGAAGAACGCUGGCGGCCGGGUUUAAAAGAUGCUGAAUGCUUCUUGGCUUGUGAUCCAAGCGGAGCGUUUCUUGGCGAGUUGAACGGGAAACCCAUAGCUUGCGCUACAAUGACAAAAUAUGCUGAGAGAUUUGCUUUCGGUGGUUGUUAUAUUGUGAGCAAGGAAUACAGAGGAAAGGGUUAUGGCGGGAUGCUUUAUGACGCCGCUAUGGCAAGUGUGAUGCCGUCCCGUAGCAUUGCAAUUAUAGGGCUGCUGCAGUGGGAAGAACUGUACAAGCGUAAGGGAUUUCGCAGUAAGUUUUAUGGGGCGCGCUUUGACUUGCACCCUCCAACAGCUAUAACACGCUUCUCUGAAACAUCGGAGAGAUGUCCCGUAAAUAUCAAAUGUAUUGAAGAAAUAGAUCUGCAAGCGUUAUUCAAGUACGACACCACAGUGUUCGGAGUUGAACGUCACGCGUUCUUGUCCAAAUGGCUUCGUAUCCCAGGGAAACAUGGCCGUGUGGCUAUCAACAGUGAAGGUUCAAUCGUGGGUUAUACUGUUGCCCGACCAUUGUUUGCCAAAGAAGAAGGUUACAAGAUUGGCCCGCUCUUUGCAGAUUCCGAGGCAGUUGCAGAGAAGUUAUUGAAAGCAGUCUUUGAAGAGCUUCUUCAAGAGCAACCCGCUCCAGUCGUCUGUAUCGACGCUCCUACAAAGAAGGCGAAAGAGAUUGGCGAAAGGCUUCAGGGGAAGAAGUCACUUGAAACGGUGUACAUGGUCAUGAAUGAUCCCCCUGAUGCAUGUUUUGACAAGUGGUUCGGUAUGACCACCCUUGAACUUGGUUAGUUAAUUAAGGGAAACUUAAUCCAGGAUUAUACCGCCUUUGGGUACGCCCACAACAACAAGAUACAAGCCAAUAGGACUAAUAUAUAUUAUACGACGUUUUGUAUUUCGUAACCUUUUACUUCUUUUACUAUACUACCUUGGCUUAAGCAAUGGGCGAGAAUUUGGCCCACAGUCUAGGUUAAGUAAAAAGGGCGGUCAGUUAAGUCAUUGAUGAUCGAUCUUUUUGAAAAAAAAUAAUGCGUAUAGACGUGUGCUAUUUCUAUGGUGUGUAGAUAGCUAAUUAUUAUCAUCACCGAUCCUCAUCAUCAUGAUCACAAUCAAUAUAAUUAUCACUAUUACUGUCACUGUCACUGUUACUGCCAUUGUCACUGUCACUGUCACUGUACUGUUAUAAUUACUGUCAGUGCCACUGUUACCGUCAUCGUUACUGUCAUUGUCACUGUUACUGUCACUGUCACUGUC